CAUGGCUAGCGAUAGUUCAAUUUCUUACGGUGAUCAAAAAGAGUUUGCAGAUUGGAAUCCACCGGACUAUGAUUCCAUGUGUUGUUCUAGAAAAAGAGAUUAUGAACGGAAGAAAGAGAGCGAGGCGUCGGAAACCACGACAGUUGAUUUCAAGCCCUAUAUAACGUUACAGUGUAAAGAGUGCUCUCAGCACAUCGAUGUACGGGCUUUACAUGAACAUAAGAAGUAUCAUGAAGCUCUGGUCACUUUAAAAUACAAACAAGGAAUGAUGCCAGAAAGCGUCGACUCUCUUAUGGAUAGAAGAUUGCUACUUCUUAAAAAAAUAUCGAAUGGAAAUGAUUUAAUUGAUCAAAAACUUAUACGUCAAAUAGAUAAAGCUUAUGAGCUUGUUCGAUCUCACAUGGAUCAAACAUAUGAACCUUUCCGCCAAGUUCGAGACGAUGUUGACGUAAAUGUUAAAGCGAAUUCAUUAAAUUGUUCGAAUUUAAACAUUCUAGCAGUGUCUUGGUGCUGUCAUAAGAACGAGCGUUGGAAAGAACAAAUGGAAGAUACUAAAGUUUUUCAGGAUUCUUUUGGUAAUGACCCUAGAAAAGCAUAUUUUGCUGUUUUCGACGGAUACGGAGGACAUAGAGCAGCUCACGUUGCUGCUACAGAAUUACAUCACUUUUUACUGCAUGAAAUGAUUAAAUUUGAUUCGUCUAUACGUUGUACUUGUACUAUUAACAAAGCAUCUUCUGCAUACAUCAAAAAAGAUCAUAUGGAAGACCAUAAAUCACAUUGUAGACCAAUAUCUUCCUAUUCAGAGAAAGCAAAAUUGCAUGAAAUUAGCCAGGAUAUCGUUCAACAAAUCAUUGAAUCUUCUACAAAAAAAUUGCAGCUUGAGGAUAUUAAUGAAAGAGCACAGAAUCUUACUAACAAGUCUUUAAAUGAUAAUAAAGAUGAUAUGUACAAUUCAAGAAUAUCAGAUUGUUUUAAAAAAGCCCACUUCCAAACUGACUUAUUGCUUUCAUUAGGGAAAGAAGAAAAUUCAAAGGUUAGGUGGAGUGGUUGUUCAACAGUGACUAUUUUGGUGGAUAGCUUAGAUAGACCACGACCAGUGAAUGAAAGUUCUUCGUCAGAUAUUAAUAGAGUUGAGCAAAUUGGAUACAUGCACAUUGCAAACUGUGGAGAUUCUGAAGCAAUGUUGGUAAGAGCAAAUAGACCUUACAUGUUAACGAAAAAGCAUUCCACUAAAAAUCCCGCUGAAGUCGCCCGGGUUACUAAACAAGGAGGAAAAUUAAGCUCCAGUAAGGAUCAGAAGUGCGUCAAUGGGGUUUUACCUACAACGAGAGGACUUGGAAAUCAUGGCGAUCCUGAUUUGAGAAAAUUUGUGAUUAGGAAACCUUCAACAAUAACGGUCAAGUUGGAUAACUUUUCUCAAUUUGUUGUUAUUGCAUCUAAGGGAGUAUGGGAUGUAUUUACUCCCGAUGAAGUUGCAACUCUACUCCUCCAAAUUUUGCCAAGUAAUCGCCUACCUCCAACUAUACAUUGCACAUCAAGUGUACGAGCCUUGGUUGAACAGAAUAGCGUUAUAUUAAGCGCUGUUCAAUCACGAAUCAGUUAUGAUCUUAACAAGCCUUUAUCUAAACAAUCUAUAGAGGAUGAUAAUAAAUCAGAAAAUAGUUCUGAUGUUUUCAGUAAUUUCACAAGAUCAACUUUAUCGGAUUCUUCUUCAGAAUCAGACGAAAGUCAUGCUACAAUAAUGCUCGGAGAGGAUACAUGGUCUGAAUCAAGCCAAACAGUAGAAGAAAAUAGGCAGAGAGUUCAAAGAGGUUUCGCCAACGCCAUGGCAGAAAAGUUAACUCAAGCUGCUAUUUUAGCUGGAACCCGACAUAAUGUUACUGUUAUGAUUUUUCUUUUACCAGCUUCUGGACUUUAA